AUGGGCGUUCUUUGUUCCACUGUUGAUAAAAACGGGGACGAGCCUUCUGAGGGCAAGGCUCAAGGUCAACAUUUCACUCUCACACCUCAUCGACUUCACAAGAUGCCCAAGUUCGUCGCUGCUACCAAGGAAACCCGGUCGGCAGUCAAAUGGGAGGAACGCAUUCUCAAGGGUGACGAGUAUGUAGAUGUUAAUGAUUACGAAAAGGCUAGGGCACAGCUGCAGCUAGCUGAAAAACGCAGCAAUUUCGACGCUGAAAUUGCAUCAAACCCUUUGGAAUAUGAAGAGGCAGCUGCGGAACUUGUAAGAAAGAUUCGGAUGCACGACUGGCAAACGACAUACCAGGUAUCACAUGAUGAGAAAGGACAUCCAAAGAAACCGCGGCCUAGGGGAGAUCACUUCCUGGGCAAUGUCGACCUUAUCCAGAAUACAGAGCUGUUCAAAGUAGCGAGAAAGAUGCCCAAAGGCGCCCAUCUCCACGUACAUUUCAACUCAUGUCUUCCGGCUGACUUUCUGAUCCGGCAAGCAAGGGACAUUAAAGCUAUGUAUAUCAAGAGCAACGUCCGUCUAACACCAAAGGACCCUCAAAGUUUUGUGAACUCACGGAUUGCCUUCAAUGUGAUGACGGAAAACAACGCAACACGAUACAGGGAUGCCAACGGUGCUGAAUUUCGGCGGCCACUUGGGAAUAUAUUUAGUGCUGGCUAUAUUCCCGAUACAUGGAUGAGCUAUAAGGAAUUUCAAAAGGGAUUCCUCUUUGACGAUAAAAAUGGCCGUACACUUAGAGGAACUGAUGGGGCCGAGAGCUGGUUAGAGCAGAAAAUGCUCAUUUCGGAAAGUGAGGCCCAUGGAAUACACCAGACAAGUCAUGGCAUCUGGGAACAAUUCAAUUAUCGCACUCAGAUGAUGAAAGGCUUAUUUGCAUAUGAAGCCGCAUUCCGCUCAUAUACUCGCGCCUGUAUUCAGGAUUUCGCCGAUGACAAUAUUCAAUAUGCCGAAAUACGGCCAAACUUCAUGUAUUCGAAUUCCUUAAAGUCAGACGAUGGUCAAAAGCUGUAUGAAAACCGGGAUAUCGUCAAGAUUAUCGAAGAAGAACUCAAAACACAGAAAGCGGUGAUUAACUCCAGAAAUGGCCAAUACUUUGGAGGCAUGAAGGUCAUCUAUUGUACUCCACGAUCGUUUUCCAACGAGGAGGUCAAACGAUCUUUGAAUGAGUGUAUCGAUUUAAAAACAGACUUUUCCGAUCUGAUAUGCGGUUUUGAUCUUGUCGGUCAUGAGGAAAUGGGCAAUGAGCUGCACAAUUUUAUACCCGAAUUCCUUGAAUUUCAAAGAGAUUGCAGAGGUCGAAGCAAGCCUGGUCGACCGUUCGAAAUACCCUUCUUGUUUCACUGCGGGGAAACUUUGAGCGUCGGCGGCAAAGUUGAUGGCAAUUUGUAUGAUGCUAUUCUGCUCAAUUCGAAACGUAUUGGUCAUGGUUACGCUCUUGCAAGGCAUCCUUUCCUGAUGAAGUAUUUUAAAGAGAAGAACAUAGCUAUAGAGUCAUGUCCUAUUUCUAACGAAAUACUGGGGCUCACGCCUGCAAUCGCGGGACACAAUCUCCCUAUACUAUUAGCAAACGACGUUCCAUGUACGAUCAACAGCGACAAUGCCACUUUCUACAGAUCCUCACUUUCGCACGAUUUUUAUCAGGUCAUGAUUGGUUCAGAAUCGAUGAGUCUUUAUGGAUGGAAACAACUCGCUAAAUGGAGUUUGGAACACAGUUGUAUGAAUCCGCAAGAAAUGAUUGAAGUUACCAGCGUGUGGGAAGCGAAAUGGGCAGAGUUUUGCAAGUGGAUCGUAGAAACAUACGGCCCGAUGUUUGCUGACGGAAUAACGACAAACGAUGCGGCCUCAACAAAUCAUGCUCACCUCUGA